AUGAUGGCCAUUACCCACCAAAAGUCAGUCCGUACCGACGACACGCCAAGACAAAACGGCAACAACCAAGGCAUAUUCCUCGACAACCAAGUCGUGAACGUCGGUGGUCAAGCGCAGAACCCUCCUCAAGCAGCUGUCCAGCUUGGUCAGAACGCGCCCAACCAGAACCAGAACACUGGCCAACAAGGAGGUGCCCCCGUUCAGCAUCCAGCCCCCGCCUAG